AUGAACGAAUCGGGACCGGAGAGCCCCGUUCCGCGCCGGCCACCGCGUGACCUUGAGAGAACGGCGGGCGCCGCCGCAGGCGCCAAGCAGAGGAGAGCGGGCGGAGCCGAGCAGCGCGCCGAGAGACGGCGCCCGCCGGGGCCCCGCUCCCCUCGCAGACCCGCCUCCCACCUGCAGGCAGCCCCGGCCGCGCCCUUUCGUGGCCGCCCCUCCUUCUCCUCCCCUUCGCGGCGGCCCGCCCGAACCCUCGCCCCGCCGCCCGCCCUCAGAGCCCCACGCCGCGCACCCGAAAGGCGGGCUUCCGCCCCGGCCACGGCUUCGCGCGGCGCAGCGCGCAGGUGCGGGAAGCGGGUUCGCGGCUGCGCAGAAUCCCGCUCCGCGGCUGGGGGCGGCCGCCGCGCCUUCCCUAUGAUCGGGGCCCCGCUGAGGACGGCUCCGCCCUCCGACCCCCGCCCCUCCCCGGCAGCGCCGCGGCUGUUACGCCGGGUAGGUUUCCAGUCACUAUGGCGGCCGCUGCGCCGAAGGUCGGAGGAAAGUUUUCGCGGUCGGCGGCUGCUUGAGAGGCAGAGCUACCGAGCGGGCCCGGCCGCCGGGCCCUCUCACAGCGCCGGGCCCGAAGGAGCCGCGCUCGGCGGGCGGAGGAGGCUCUGUGCGGCCCCCCGUGAGCGGCCACCUGCGGAGGGGCUGAGCGGAGCCGCGCGUCCACCCCCCCCCCCCCCGACUCCCCGCCCGGAGCGCCGCUCCCCGCGCCGGUGGCUUCGGAGGCGCUUCUCGGAGCUGCCCUGCGACCCCUACCCGCCGGCGGCGACCCGGAGACGCAGCGAGCUGACGGCGCGCCCGGGGCCCAGCGAGCCGCCCGCCGGCCUGGCCCUGAGAGAGGAGACGCGAGCUUCUCCGUGCCUCGGCGAGCUCCGAGCGGCCACGCGGGGCCGUAGGGCGCUUGGGCUUUAUCUGCGGUCGGGGAGGAAAGCGGUGUUUCUCCGGUAG